AUGACGGAAGACCCGUCGCAAAAGUUGGAAGAGGCUUUGAGGAAUAUUUCCGAUACAAAGCCAAGUCCUUCUGACCCAGAAAAACUCAAAUUAGAAAAGGAGAUAGUCAAGACAAAGAAAGAAAUUGAAAAAUUGGUUGCAAAAAAAACGAGAGGAGAAAAGUUAAGUGAAAAAGAACAAGCUGAAAUGAAUUCAAAAGUAGAGGUUUAUAAUAUUAUUGAUUUUGGCGAAAAAGAGAACAACAAACCUGAUUUGCUGAAAAAAAAAUUACAAGAAAUUUGCGAACAGAAUGAAAUCGAUCUAGAACGCGGUCUUUCUCUGAUUGUUUGGUUAAAAAACAUUGAUAAAAUUACUAAUUCAGAACUAAAAGAUGAAUUAUUGAAAAUGUUUACUUUGGUUGCUACUACUUCCACUACUAAUCCACAACUGCCUAAGGAAUUACAAGCCAAACUAAAACAUGUUGAGCCAUUUUUUGAUAAAUAUUUCUGA